UUUGUUGGGAUGACACCGACACUGUACCACAAGUAUCCUGUGGCCAAUGACAGCGAGCCAGCGAGAGGGCUCCUCACGCUGCUGAAAACCCAUAGGGUCGUGCUGCUCAUAGCAUUCGGGAUAGUUGUGCUGUUGGCCAUGAUCAUCAUCGUCACGUUCACCUGCAAAGAUGACUCCCAAGCUAAGCAGGAGUCCCACAACAGCAUGAGCCUCCUAGAGCACCAACUGACUGAGGCCCGGGAAGGUUUAUGGCAGAGCAAGGCCCAAGUCACUGCCUGCAACAAGACUGUGGCUUCCCUGAAGGAGGAGAAGUCUUUGCUGGAGAAGGAGAAGACUCAGAGCCAAAUGCAAGAGGAAGUUCUUCAGGGAAAGAUCCGGAUACUGCAGCAGCAGCUACAGAAAGUUUCUGCGGAGGUGAAGUCACUAAGAGAAGAGAAGAGCCAGGGCCAGUACGUGGAGGCCUCCUCCAGCUCUCUGGCCGCCCUGAGUCCCUGGGAGGUUGCUGUACUUCUGCUGCUGGGCCUCUGUGCUGUCUGGAUUUGAGGUUCCAAGAAGCCAGCCGGUCACAACCUGGACUGGUCUGUUUCUUCUCUGUUCUGCACUUUCGGGCUUACGUGGCUGGACCUGUUUGGAGAGGACCCACAAAGCAGCAGAGUUGGGGAGGGUGAAGGGGCUGGGGGGGGGGCGGU